AAAAAUUACUUCAUUUUCUAAUAAAAAUACUGUCAAAAAGUAAAGGAAAUGGAGUCAUACCUACACCAGGAUGAGUUCGACGAAAAAAUACUAAAAGAAGUCAGCACUUUGGUGAAGAAAAAUUUCAAAAAUGCAAAAACCAGCUCGUCAGAAAAGUUACAAAACAAGCUUGAUAAAAUUUUCUUCAGAACACUACGGACACACAAAGUUUUAACCGAAAUAAGUGAAACUACGGGAAUAAGAGGAGAAACAGUGGAAAUACUAUUACGAGGUUGCUUGAGAUAUGCAUAUAAAGAAUAUGAUAAUAACGUUAAAAGGAUAGGGAACGAAAAUGUCAGCUUCGUUCAUGGCUGCGCCAGGCGCAGCAAAAAAAUCAGCCACAUGAAGAAGUACCAAAAAGAGUAAAUGAUAGUAAGUUUAAAGAAC